AUGGUGCGAGACAUUAUGCUCUCGGCCAGUGGAAAGCUCUCCGACAAGAUGUAUGGUCAUGGUGUCUUCCCCCCUCAGCCUCAAAGUGUGACGGCACUCGCCUACGGCAAUUUCAAAUGGACGCCGUCCCGAGGGGAAGAUCGCUUCCGCCGAUCGAUUUAUACGUUCAGUAAGCGAACGGCACCGUUCGCUGCGUUUACGGUAUUCGAUGCUCCCAGCGGUGAAGUCUGUACCGCCAAGCGAGACCGCAGCAAUACGCCGCUGCAAGCGUUGACACUUUUGAACGACGGGAUGUACAUCGAACUUGCUCAGGCAAUGGCUGCCGCGGCAAAAGACGAAGCUGAUAGCGACGAAGCAAUUGCGGAGAAUCUCUUCCGGCGAUUGCUCACUCGGCCACCGGAAUCGGAAGAGCUGAAAGCGAUCCUGCAGUUUCACGCCAGCCAGCAUACGCGUCUUCGUGACGGAGAGCUCGACGUGAAGGCGAUCGGCGGCGCCAAGUCGGUCGAUCCCAACGACGCCGACACGGUAAGUCCGUUCGCUCCCAAGCCGACGCAUUUCCCCGGAAAAGCGAAACGGGUCAUCUACUUGUUUAUGGCCGGCGCUCCGAGUCAAUUGGAAUUGUUCGAUCACAAGCCACAUGGCCAGAGUGGGGCGGAAAUCUCGGAGAUGUUGCCCCACUUGUCGAAAGUGGUGGACGAUAUCUCCAUCUUACGAUCCGUCCACACCGACCACUUCAAUCAUUCGCCGGCGCAACUGUUCUGCAAUACCGGGAACGGUGUGCCUGGUCGGCCAAGUAUGGGGUCGUGGCUUAGCUAUGGUCUUGGUAGCGAAGCCAACGACUUGCCGUCGUUUGUUGUACUGAAAAGUGGGGGCAGUCUCAGCGGCGGUGCCGCGAUGUGGAACGCAGGCUUUUUGCCGUCCGUCCAUCAAGGCGUCCCCUUCCGCGGACAAGGCGAUCCCAUCCUGCAUGUUUCCAACCCGCCUGGCUACGACGUGAAAGCCCAACGCGAUUCGAUUGAUUUGAUUCGUCAGCUCAACCAGCGUCAGCUGGGGGAUGUUGGCGAUCCUGAAAUUCAGACGCGGAUGGAUGCCUACGAAAUGGCCUUCCGGAUGCAAGCUCGCGCGCCGGAGUUGAUGGACUUCUCGCAAGAGUCGCAGGAGACCAUGCAGCUUUACGGUGCCGAUCCCAGCGAUACCAAGAAGACGUUUGCGAAUAACUGUUUGCUGGCUCGUCGAUUGGCCGAACGCGGUGUCCGCUUCGUUCAAGUCUAUCACGCCGGAUGGGACCACCACAGCAAUGUCGAAGGAGGUGUUCGUUCGCAGUGUCUGCAAACCGAUCAAGCUUGUGCCGCGCUGGUAGAAGACCUGCGUCGCCGUGGGAUGCUGGACGAUACAUUGAUCGUCUGGGGAGGCGAGUUCGGUCGCACGCCCAUGGUGGAAGCAAGUGCCGCUUUGGGACGCAGCCAAGGAC